CGUUGCCUUGUGAAUCAAGCGCCAUAGUCACCGUAGUCCUGGCGACUGUUACCCAUCAACAACAACUACUCCUCUCCUCCUCCUCCUCCUCUUCCUCCUCCUCCCCACCACCACCAUCUCCAUCACCCACCAACAACACCACAAUAAUCCACAGCCAAGAGACCAUCAUGCAGACAUCAGAGACUGGGUCGGACACAGGUUCGACAGUGACUUUGCAAACAUCUGUGGCUAGCCAAGCAGCAGUGCCUACACAGGUGGUACAGCAAGUACCAGUCCAACAACAGGUACAGCAGGUACAGACUGUACAGCAGGUACAACAUGUCUACCCCGCUCAGGUGCAGUAUGUCGAAGGAAGUGAUACUGUCUAUACCAAUGGAGCAAUCCGAACAACAACUUAUCCUUACACAGAAACGCAGAUGUACAGCCAAAACACUGGAGGGAAUUAUUUUGAUACUCAAGGGAGUUCCGCACAGGUGACUACCGUGGUCUCCUCCCACAGUAUGGUGGGCACUGGUGGCAUUCAAAUGGGCGUCACCGGAGGACAGCUUAUCAGCAGCUCUGGAGGAACCUAUCUGAUUGGCAAUUCAAUGGAAAAUUCUGGUCACUCAGUGACACACACCACUCGAGCCUCCCCAGCAACAAUUGAGAUGGCGAUUGAGACGCUGCAAAAGUCUGACGGUCUGUCCACUCACAGAAGCUCUCUUCUCAACAGCCAUCUUCAGUGGCUAUUGGACAAUUACGAGACAGCAGAAGGAGUGAGCCUUCCCAGAAGCACUCUAUACAACCACUACCUUCGACACUGUCAGGAACACAAACUGGACCCAGUCAAUGCUGCCUCUUUUGGAAAAUUAAUAAGGUCAAUUUUUAUGGGACUGCGAACCAGGAGAUUGGGCACUAGAGGAAACUCCAAGUACCAUUACUAUGGAAUUCGUGUCAAGCCAGAUUCUCCUCUUAAUCGUCUGCAAGAAGACAUGCAGUAUAUGGCUAUGAGACAACAACCCAUGCAACAGAAGCAAAGGUACAAGCCUAUGCAGAAAGUGGAUGGGGUUGCAGAUGGUUUCACAGGAAGUAGUCAACAGACAGGGACAUCUGUUGAGCAAACCGUAAUCGCCCAAAGUCAACAUCAUCAACAGUUUUUAGAUGCAUCACGAGCACUUCCAGAGUUUGGAGAAGUUGAAAUCUCUUCUCUGCCAGAUGGUACUACCUUUGAGGAUAUCAAGUCACUUCAGAGUCUUUAUCGAGAGCACUGUGAGGCAAUAUUGGAUGUUGUUGUAAACCUUCAGUUUAGCCUGAUAGAAAAACUGUGGCAAACAUUCUGGCGCUAUUCUCCCUCAACUCCAGCUGACGGCACUACCAUUACUGAAUCAAGCAAUCUGAGUGAAAUAGAAAGUCGACUUCCGAAAGCAAAGCUGAUAACUCUGUGCAAACAUGAGUCAAUCCUGAAAUGGAUGUGUAACUGUGACCAUGGGAUGUACCAGGCUUUGGUGGAGAUUCUCAUCCCCGACGUCCUUAGACCUAUUCCUAGUGCCUUGACCCAAGCCAUUCGAAAUUUUGCAAAAAGCCUUGAAGGUUGGCUUUCCAAUGCCAUGAACAAUAUUCCACAGAGAAUGAUACAAACCAAGGUUGCCGCUGUAAGUGCCUUUGCCCAGACUCUGCGAAGAUACACGUCGCUCAAUCACCUGGCCCAGGCAGCUCGCGCAGUACUUCAGAACACCUCCCAAAUCAACCAGAUGCUCAACGACCUCAACCGGGUGGACUUUGCCAAUGUCCAGGAGCAGGCUUCCUGGGUGUGCCAGUGUGACGACAGCAUGGUUCAGAGAUUGGAAACGGACUUCAAGAUGACUCUUCAGCAGCAGAGCACCCUGGAGCAGUGGGCUGCCUGGCUGGACAACGUGAUGAUGCAAGCGCUGAAACCCUAUGAAGGAAGACCCAGUUUUCCAAAAGCAGCCAGGCAAUUUCUGCUGAAAUGGUCUUUCUACAGCUCAAUGGUUAUUCGGGACUUAACCUUACGCAGUGCUGCUAGCUUUGGCUCCUUUCACCUGAUCCGUCUACUCUACGAUGAGUAUAUGUUCUACUUAGUAGAACAUCGUGUUGCUCAGGCAACAGGAGAAACUCCUAUAGCAGUCAUGGGCGAGACAUACCUUGUAGAUGAAAAAAAUACUCCUAUCAUGGAACUCUUUAUAAGCAAACUUCUGAAUUUUGGUGAUUUAAAUGCUGUGUCUCCUGGAAAUCUGGAUAAAGAUGAAGGCAGUGAAGUGGAAAGUGAAAUGGAUGAAGAAUUGGAUGACUCUUCUGAGCCUCAAGCCAAAAGAGAGAAAACAGAGCUGAGCCAGGCGUUCCCCGUGGGCUGCAUGCAGCCUGUUCUCGAGACUGGGGUGCAGCCAAGCCUCCUGAACCCGAUCCACAGUGAGCACAUCGUCUCGAGUACUCAGACUAUCAGACAGUGCAGCGCAACAGGAAACACCUACACUGCAGUCUAAAGGAUAUGAAAGUGUAUUUUCCAGCUUACAUUAAACCUGUUGAUAUUGGGCUUAAGUUGAAAAUUUAAUAAGCCUGAAGGUCGACUGUUGUCAAAUUUUAUAUGUGCUGAACAUUACCUUUUUGGAGUUGUGAAAUGGAAUGGGUGUAUGUAUUUUUCCAGGUCCUGUUUUUUUUUUUUUUUUCUUUCCUUCUUCUUAACAUAAACAAAUUAUUUGCCUCUGAAUAAUAAGAGUUUUUUCCCCUUAGUUUCAGGUGUCAAGAUGGAUUUUUAAACACUUAAUAUCACUGUUUUUGUUUUCUUAUAAUUAAAAAGUAAUUUACAUUUUGUAGCUUAAAAUAUUUUAUUGUUGAUUGUUAGUCUUGGUGUAUGAUUUCAUGUGUUUUUUAAUUAGAUGCACUUCUGUGAAAUCUCAAAAGAAAUGAAUUUCUUUGAUUUACACUGGAGGCAUGCCUGUUCGGCAGCAGAUGCAUCAACUUUGCCUUUGAAAGGUGCUUUUCAUUGGGCAGAACCAUAAGACACUAUUUUGAUAACAUUUUGGAGUACCAAGAGAAUACAGAGCAUUUUUAUUAUAGUGCUAGAGGGUUGGGAAGGUCGUCUAUUUUUCUCUGAAAAAAAUCUGAGCUGUGUAUUUAUCAGUUCAGAGUAAAUGAUGGAAUUGCAAGAGAUUAUGCUAAUAUGUACAUAAUUUGUGUACAUAAUUAUUAAUCACGUUAACAAUACAAGCUUUCCGUUAGGCAUUGAAUUGUAAUGAUUAUUUGCAUCCCAAUUCCUCUGUGUAAGACUACUGAUUCUGUAUUUGGGACCACACAGCUCAGAUGCAUUCUGCUGUUGAGUGGGGCAAUUAUAGUUAGAUAACUAAACUGAAAACAUGACUUGACUUUUUUUUUUAAGUGUACAUGCUACUUAUGCUGAGCUGGACAUACAGGAAACCAUUCCAUUUGGAUGACUUUCUUUUAUUCCAGGUCUUUUUUUCUAAUAGUAGUUCAAUAUGCUGCUAUUAUAAAAGAAAAUUUAUAGAAUGCAAGGAAUGUAGCAACCUGCAUAUCGUUAUUUCCUUCAAAAAUAUUUCCUGGUUUCUAAAGUAUGUGGAUUUAAAAUUUAAACAGAACCUGAAGGCAGUGUAACUGGCACACCUCACUGUUACUUAUCCCCAAUUCGUAGGAUUUGGAUAGGUGGCUGGACAGACCAUUGCCAUUGAAGAAUGUACAUCAGGGAUCAUCGUACCUCGGCUAUUACAUGGUGCCUUAACACAGAACUGAAGCUAAGGUUUAGUAAGGUUUAUUUUGUUCAUGUGAAUAACUCCUCAACCCAUUUGACAAAGUGUGCCUGUCAUUUUUAGAUUCCUGACGUAAGGACAGGUUACAUGUUCUUCAAAGGAAGUUUAGGGAAAAUGAAGCAAAACAGACAAAACUCAGAUUCCCUCUUGAGUGACCACGAACCUAUUUUUUAUUAUUAGAGCUGAAUAUUACUUGACUAUAAAUCUGAUUGCUUAAGGGUAUGGAAGGCAGGCUAGUUUUAAUACUAACUUGUUACAUAAAAUCCUAUAUUUUAGAUCAUUGUUCCCUAGUUACAAUUCUAGAAAGUUAACAAAAUAAGCAGGUACUUAUUGAAGUGCAUCUUUUCAGUCUAAAUGUUUGUCCGUGUGUCUGGGUGUCUGUGUCCAUAUUCACACACAAGUUCCUGUAGGGCGGGAGUCUUCUACAAAGUCAGAAGGUGAGAUCCUAGAGGGCAUACACCCAUCCUCAUUUUAAAUUGCCUCAAAAUCAAGCUGUUCUUUCAAGCACUCAAAUUAUUAACAUGGAAAAGGCACAUCCUUUUAUUUAAAUAAUUUGUAAAAAUGAAACAGCAAAAAUCAAUCAUUAAAGCCAAAAAGGAGAAAAGCACAAAGUGAUUUACAGAUUACUAAUUAGACUAUAUUGAAUUCAAAAUAUGUUCUAGGUGUUUGGGGGUAAGGGAAUGGGGUUAGGAAAAAAAAAAGGAUGAGCCCAUCUGUAAAGUUAAAAAUACCAAAUGGUUUAUCAAUUACAUACAACGUAUUUUUUUAAUUUUUGAGACAGAGUCUCGCUAUGUAGUCCAGGCU